AUUGGAAGCAACUCCCCAGCAAUGGACCUCAUACUCUGACUCAUGACAGGCGAAGAAAACUGUUAAAAAGGCAAUGACGAUUUUCUUGACUUUCRCAUCUUUUCUAUAUUUCUUGACACAAACAACGGAAGGAUGUCGUAUCUUGAAGUUCGACUCAUGCAUCCCAAACCAAAACCUAACAGGUCACGUGCUCUCACGUCAUGACGUAAACAGCGACAAUUUGUGCGGUAUCAAAUGUUACAACGAAAAGCGAUGUGUGUCAUACAACUUGGGCCCCAAAAGCGGUGUUCACAGAGCAUGCGUACUUAGCUACUCUGAUCACGUGAUUCAUCCUSGUAGUAUCCAAAAGGGAUCAACGUACGAGUAUUGCUUUUUUAAGAAUAAUCCCUGUUCUUCAAAACCGUGCUCAAGUGGGAGCUGCAGACCGGACGAGACUUUUUCGACCUACGCUGAAUGUGUGUGUUUUAUAAGCGAUCCUUGUUACAAAGGUAAGAACUGA